UUUACAUUAUUCGUGCUGUAGCGUUUGCGCCUGCGUUAACCUGAGCACACCGGGGCUGUGACUGCGAUAGUUUUAAGGGGCUUAUUCUAAUCACAGGCAGUCAAAAUAUUUGUAGUUAAAUCAAUGAACAGAAGACUUAACCCAUCUUGGGGGUUGUGAUGUGAAAGAUCGCUGAAAAAAUGUGGAAGUGUGUUUAAUCUAUAAAGUCCAUCUUCGCUGUUCCAACGUUGGAAUGUUUAGGAUGAAGGAAUGUUGACUUUAUAAAUCCCAAGUGACUCCUUCGUCGCUUCCGUUGGAUUCUGUGCUGGAAUCGUGGGAUAAUCACAUCUAGUAACCCAGGGUACAUCGGGAAUAAUUGAGCUCAGGCACAAGGGGGGUCUGGAAAUAUACCGCUCCACGCUCUGCGGCCAGUUGCCUGAGCUGCUGGCGUGUUGGCGACCCGGUCACCUGUAACCCGCGGCUUCUGCUUCAAAGGAUGCUGCUGCUGGUCGUGCAAAGCCUGCUCUCAGCGGUCACUGCUCGCCUGUCACUGCCCUCGGACACCGUGUGCGUCAGUAAUGCUUGUUACACCGCGCACCUGGACAGGAAGCCCUUCCACCAAGCCUUGGAAAGGUGCAAAGCCAACGGGGGUAACCUGGCGACGGCCAAGGACACGGGGGAAGCGCUGCUGAUCCACAAGUUGUUGUCUGGCUUCCCCGCUGGGCAGCGGCCGAAGAGCAAGUUUUGGCUCGGUCUCCAGCUACCCCCGAGACAUUGCUACCAGCAGCACAAACCGCUGAGGGGCUUCGGCUGGACCUCAGGGGGAGAAGAGACCACUUACUCCAACUGGGCCAGGGAACCCCAGAGUACCUGCACGGCGCACAGAUGCGUCCACAUCGUCUCCAACACCCGGAGCAGUUCCAGCCCGGACGGGGGCAACUACAAAUGGCACGACGGCGUGUGCAGCCACGCCGCGGACGGCUACCUUUGCAAGUUCAGUUUUAAAGGUAUGUGCACUCAGAUCGUCUUGAGUGGCCCGGGUUCGGUCACCUACACCACCCCCUUUGACGCAGAGAGUUCCUCCUUGGAUCUCGUCCCCUUCGGUUCCUUUGCAGUCGUGUCCUGUGCUGGGGGUUCACCUGCAGCUGGUUAUGUGCUGUGCAUGGAACGAGUACCGGGACGGUAUGGCUGGUCGGCGGACGGACCCUUCUGCGCUCCUCCAUCUGGCUGCGACCUUGAUAAUGGGGGCUGCGCCCAGCUUUGCGUGAGCGCCGGAGGAGGAGGAGGAGGAGGAUACCGGUGUCAGUGCAACGCUGGGUAUCAGCUGGGUGCGGACCAGCGCUCCUGCGAGCUUCGGGACCACUGCCAGGACCACCCAUGCGAAUACAGGUGUGUCAGCAACUCACUGGGCUUCGAGUGCCUCUGCCCCGUGGGCUACCAGCCAGCGGAAAACGGGAGCAAGUGCGAGGACGCGGACGAAUGCGCGCAGAGACCGUGCGCCCAGGUGUGCAUCAAUACGCCGGGGAGCUUUCGCUGCGAUUGCACCCAGGGCUACGCGCUGAUUGACAGCCAGUGCAGAGACCUGGAUGAAUGCACCGGCCAUCCGUGUGACCAAUCCUGUCACAACACCGACGGCUCGUACAUGUGCCUUUGCAGAGCGGGCUACCGACUCCAAGGAACUGGUCACUCCUGCGUGGACAUCGAUGAGUGCACAACACGCCCCUGUCAGGGGACUUGCUCCAACACCGAAGGCAGUUUCCAGUGCUCCUGCAGCCAGGGCUACGCGCUCGGGGAGGAUGGAGUAAGUUGCAUCCCAAUGAGAGUGACCACCUCGCUCACCUCCACAGUCCAGCGCUGGGAUACCACGGCUGGAGUUUGGGGUCUCACCACACCGGGCGCUCUGGUGGACCACGCCACUGAUUCGGGCACCCCGUCUGCCUCUUCAGGGGACCCGACCGGGAUGGGUGUGGCGGCAGAGAGCACCGCUGCAGACUGGACCGCCGUUCCUUCGCCCACAGCAGCGAAAGCCUCGGAGGAGCACGGCUCUGCCAAUCUGUCUUGGGUAUUGAUGGGCGCGCUGGGCUCGGUGGCCGCGCUGCUUCUUGUCCUGUGUGUGGUGGGUUUCAUCCUGUGCCUUCGCAAUCGCUCGCCCAAAAAGAGCAGCAACGCUGGGGAUUAUUACAGCUGGGUGCAAGCGGCGGGGCAAUCGCCAUUCAGGGCUUCCUAUGUCAAGUGCAACCGUUCAAGUGAUAACUACAUGGAGAUUGAAGCGAGCCAAACCGAGGUAUAGACCUCCGAUAUGAACAAACCAGAGUCCCACACAACUGUUCAGCUGUUAAGCUUUCACGCUCUUGUACAACUUCAGAAAGAAAUGACAAGCAGAAAUAAAACGCAGAUGCUGGGAAUCUGAAAUAAAGACAUAUGAAAGGGCACAGACUUGAAACUUUAACUCUGUUUCUCUCUCCACAGAUGCCGCCCGUCCUGCUGAAUAUUUACCACACAGAUGGAGGCCAUUUGGCCCAUCAAGCUGAUAGCAGCUCUCAGAACACACACAUUAUAAUCCCAUUCCUUUAUUUAUCCUCCUGCAACCUGUCUCCAUCACAUGCCCAUCGACAUGCCCUUUGCAGGUUGAGCCAGUGUUUGAUUGUCCAUCCCUAGAUUGCCCUAGAGAAGGUGGCGAUGAGCUGCCUUCUUGAACCACUGCAGUCCUGGAGGGGUGGGUACACCCACAAUGCUGUCAGGGAGGGAGUUCCAGGAUCUUGACCCAAUGACUGUGAAGGAGCGAUGAUGUAUUUCCAAGUCAGGAUGGUGUGUGGCUUGGAGGGCAAGUCCCAGUUUGUGGAGUUCUUAUGCUUUUGUUGCCCUUGUCCUUCUAGCAAGGGUUUGGAAGGUGCUUUCGAUAGAGUCUUUGGACUUACCCUAUUCACUGAUCACCCACUACGUUAGAGCAAACUGCAGUAACUAAUUAACCCACCAGCACUUGUUUGGGGUAUGGGAAGAAGCCAGACCAUGUCAAGGAAACCUAUAAGGUCACAGGGAGAACAUGCAAACUCCACGCAGACAGUACAUUUCCAGAAAGACAUAACUUGCCAUUGCUAAUGGACCUCAAAUCAUUUUAUUUUUGACAACCGGGAGGAGAUAGUAGUUCUGCUUAUUCUGCACCUUCCAGACCAGCAAUAAUUUCUUUUAACUUGGUAUCAGAUCACUGCAUGGGUUUAGAUAGGCCUCCAAAGGGCGACAUUAGGCUUCUUGAAUAUUCUUUUGUUGGGAAAAUGGCACUGGCUUAAAAGUAUAUGCGCAGUUUUGAUGUUCUUGCUAAGAAACUGUGGCCAAAAUCUUGAUGUGUUACAAAUCAGAAUAGUUGUUUUAGAUAAAAAUUAAUGGCUCAGCAGUAUCGACAUAUAGUCAUCAUCACUGAACACUGCUUGAAAUGUAUUGCUGCUUUCUUCAACAAUCAGCAAAUAGUUAACGAUGAACUCAAGUGGAAUUCAGCAGGGUAAAUGGAAAAUGAUACUAAAUAGCACUUCCUUAAAAUGUUGUACAGGUACAGUCACAGAGUGCAGAAACAGGCCCUUCAUCCCACUGAGCCCACACCAACCAUCACGCACCCACUUACAUUUUUUUGCCUGGCCAUAGCCCUUGACUCACUCACAAAGUCAGUGCUGAUAUUGGAAAUAUUUUUAGUUAAUGAGGUAGUAUUUACAAAGUACAUUUCACCAAGUUCCAUUACACUGGGACAAGUAGAAUUGAGCAUGGACCUGUUACUUUAAUAAAUCUAGUCCAAUGGACAUAUUUAGAAUUUUUUUUCUGAAUUGAAAAUAUGAUAAUUGGACAUAAUUUAUAUGAUUACAACAAUGUAACAAUUGGAUUUAUAUAGCAUCUUUCCUGACUUGGGGGGGGGGGGGGUCUCAGAAACUCCUGUACAGUUAGGUACUUUUGAAGUGUGGUCACUGUUGCAAUUGUGAAACUUGCCUGCUAAUUUGCACAGAGUGUGCACUAACAAAUAGCAAGGUGAUAAUGGUCUGGUAAGCUAUUGUACACGUCUUAACGUUGAUUGAGGGAUUAAUGAUGUCCAGGGCAUAAGGGAUAACUCCUCUGCUUUUCUAAGUAGUACCAUGGGUUAUUUACUGUCUUGAGAGAGCAAACUGGGCCUCAAUUUAAUGUCUUAGCCAAAGGUGGCACUUUCAAGAUUCUGACACUCCUAUACUGGAGUUCCAUCUUGGAUUAUUUUUCUUGUAUCUCUGGAAUGGGACAAAAACAACAGAAAUGAAAAUGAACCACAGUUGACAGAGAUUCAGUUGGUAACUGUAUAAGUUUUCUCAUCUGGACUGGAGAGCUUGAGUUGUAAGGAGAGAUUGGAUAGGCUGGGACUAUUUUCCCUGGAGAAAAGGAGGCUGAAGGGUGAUGUUACAGAGGUUUAUAAAAUAAUGAGGGGCAUAGAUAGGAUAGAGAGUAACAGUCUUGUUUCCCAGGGUAGGUGUCUAAAACUAGAGGGCAUAGGUCUUAGGAGAGAGGAGAAAGAUUUAAAGGGGACCUGAGAGGCAAGUUUUUCACACAGAGGGUGGUGGGUAUUUGGAAAGAGCUACCAUGGGAAGUGGUAGAGGCAGGUAUAAUUACAAUGUUUGGACAGGUACAUGGAUAGGAAAAGUUUAGAGGGAUAUGGGCUAAUCACGGGCAAAUGGGAUGAGUGUAAAUAUGCAUCAUGGUUAUCAUGGAUGAGUUGGACUGAAGGUUCUGUCUCUGUGCUAUAUAAAUGAAUCUAUAUAAUGAAAACACCAUAACUGUCUAUUGCAUAGGCAUCCUGGUGCAUAACUAUUAAAAUUAAAUUAAACACUGCUAGAGAGAUAAUGAUACCUUGACAGUUUAACUUUUUCUACCCAUAAUACGUGCACGCUCUGUUUGAUGUGAACCGGACCAGUACUUCCUGAAUAUCCCUUCAGAUCGGCAUCCACAGGCAAGUUAGGCUGCCAGGUCUUCAAAUAUACCCUGUCGUUCUUAUUUCACAUGUUAAAACUAAUGUAGAUUUGAGCACCUGAGAGAAAGUUGGACAACACCAUGUGUGUGGUGUUAGGAAAGGACUGGGGGCAGAGAUCACACAAUGCGAUCAUUAUCCUUUAUCCUUUCACCUAUAUAAAUGUUCCCUGAGUUUUGACUCUUUUCCUAAGGGAAAUAAGACUUCCUUAUUUACUCAAACCGCUUGCAGCCUGGGUGCAGAUGUGGGCAAAAUUGGGCCUAAUAUCCCUCCCCCCCACCAGCUAAGCACCAAAAUGAAGCAGCAGCAAAUCAUUCUGGCUUCUUGUAAAUCACUUCACCAAGGACAGAAAGGGAAACAGUACACAUGGUCGAAAACAUGGGCCAAGUUUAUGAGUACUCAACAAUUCUUUGAAAUAUGACUAUUAAAAUUAAGCAACUUUAGUUAUUUAUUUCAGUUGUAUGCAGUGUGCUUCACCAUGAGGUUUGCCUUGAUAGGCUGCUGGCAUAAUUCGGGAAAGGUGUUCAAGUCCAUUAUGCUUCAACACAUAUUGCCGAUGGAUUGAAAAAAGCAGGAAGAACAUGUUAAUUAUGCACACAGCUUGUGGGCAUACUUGGGUAAACUUUUAAUGUGCAAAUUGUGAAUUUUCUCAAAUGGGUUGUUGAUGAUACAGGUACGAACAAAACUGUGUAACUUGCCUUGGUACAUUGUUGUAACUAUU